AACCUUAGAUUGCGAGAUUUAUUAAAGUCAAGCAUGGGCAGCUCCGCUGGGUCACAUACUACUUCCAAAAAUCACAUGAAUCAACCGGCUGGCAUGACAAACAACAAAAAGAAGACGAAACCUCGUGAAACAAGAACGAUGGCCGCCAAGAAUUAUCUCGUGUUGCUGGUGCUGCUUCUCACGGAUCUCGUUCGAUCCAGCGAUUCUUUUGAGCGUCACCGGCUGCUGGAGAAUGGGCUGGGAAGAACACCGCCAAUGGGAUGGAAUAGCUGGAAUUACUUCCACUGUGGAAUCAACGAGGAGAUCAUUCGAGCAACCACUGAUGCGAUUGUGUCUACUGGCCUCAGAGAUGUUGGCUACGAGUAUGUAAACAUUGAUGAUUGCUGGGCGGAGCUUUCACGAGACAAUGAGGGAAACCUUCAAGCACGGAACUCCACAUUCCCGUCAGGAAUCAAAGCCUUGGCUGACUACGUGCAUUCUAAAAACCUCAAGUUUGGGAUUUACUCGGACGCUGGAUACUUGACGUGCCAGGAACAGCCAGGAUCUUUGAAUCACGAAGAUCAAGACGCCAAAACUUUUGCUGCAUGGGGAGUGGAUUACUUGAAGUAUGACAAUUGUCACACCGAUGGAAGCUCACCGAGAAUCCGAUACCCCAUAAUGCGCGACGCUCUUAGUGCGGCAGGCCGGCCGAUUUUCUUCUCAAUGUGUGAAUGGGGUCAGGAAGAUCCAGCAACAUGGGCAUCGAGCGUCGGAAAUAGCUGGAGAACAACCGGGGAUAUAGAGAACAAAUGGGAAUCGAUGAUUUCUAUCGCGGACAAGAACAAUGCGUGGGCCGAGCACGCCGCUCCGGGAGGAUGGAAUGAUCCGGACAUGCUGGAGAUCGGCAAUGGCGGCAUGAGCUUCCAGGAAUCGCGCACGCACUUCAGCUUGUGGGCGCUCAUGAAAGCACCGUUGAUUAUUGGUUGCGACGUACGGAACACUGUGGCCCAGGACCUGGCCAUUCUCAUGAACAAAGAGGUGAUCCAAAUCAACCAAGAUGCGCUAGGGGUUCAAGGAAGAAAGGUGGCGGGAGAUGGAGAACAAGAGGUGUGGGGAGGCCCGCUCUCAAACGGGAGAUUUGCGCUCUUGAUGCUCAAUCGAGGCAGUGAUCCAGCUGAUAUCACAGCCGAAUUUGCUGCGCUUGGCAUUCCUAGUAACGUUUCAGUGAUGAUCCGCGAUGUUUGGAAGCAUCAAGAUCUUCCAGGCACGGGCACGUAUAAUUCCAGUAUUACAUCCAGAGUUGAAUCGCACGAUGUAGCCAUGUACAUACUUACUCCUGUGUAGUCACUAACUAUAUUUUCACGAAGAUUAUUUGGAACAAUUAUUAAAUUUUAACCAUGCCGUGCAUGGCACCCUUUUAGUAA